AUAAAUAUCACGUGACCAGGAAUGAACCAAUCGCCGUGCCGGAUUCCAGUCGUCAAUACGACCGGCGUACACAGCCAAGAUGUCGAUGUGGAACGACCAAAGAGCUGCGCCCUUCCACACGAGGGUGGGGAUCCUCCCCGGGAUUGGUUCAGAUUCACCACAGGCAACUUCUCACAACCAAGUAGUCCCCGUAACUCGGGGGAAGCAAUUGUCUCCUCUAAUAGACACUGGGUAUGGAGAAAGCAGCAGCAUGGGUUCAACCGGAAAAGGCGUAGACCGUAUAUCCAUAAUCGAACAGUCCAACCGGGCUCUCUUAGAAGAAGUAGUCCGACUCCAAGGAGAGCUGAAGGCUUCGAACAGAAGACAGGACCAAAUCAUCUCCGAGGAAAGAAAGGCCAGGCAACAGGUUAUUGACAACUUGAGGUCGAGCAAUGACUUGAUAUCACAACUUGCCACCAGGCUGAAGAGAGCUGAAGAAUCUGUUGUAGAGGAGAGAGAAGCAGUGUCGGCACUGGUUGGUCAUACCAAACAGGUGGAAAAAGCAGUAAUCAGCAGCCAACAGGAGCUUAUGGGAAGAAGAGAUACACAGAGUACAAGGAUUUCUGAACUAAGACAUGAUCUUGACCAGUCCAAACAUGCGCGGGAGCAGCUGGAGCGAGCCACCAUGAGUCUGAUUGACGAGGUUCGACAGAUGAAGGCAAAGCUAGACGGGCAGGGGGCCGACAUAAAGCAAGUGGCAGACGACGUCAAGCAGAGAUCGCGGCGGUUGGAAGAGGACAGCAGACAAGCUAUUGACACCAUCAGAAAACAGAGUGAGAUGCAGCAGCACACCGAAGUGUCCUCAAGUCAACUCAGAAUGCAGUUUGAUGGGAGGUUGGGAGAGGUGAGGGAUGUUGUACUGGAGCUGAGGAACAGGCAGAGUCAGGAGGAGAUGUCUAGGAGACAACUGGAACAGCACAUGGAAUCAAAAAUAGCAGAGAUGCAGUCCACCUUGUCUAACCUUGAACAGAAGAGGGAAGGUGACCUACACACUGUGGAUAUUCUGCAGAAAGAGAGGGAACAGGCUGCUGAGAAUGAGAGGGUCAGACUACAGGGUAAGCUGAGUGAGAUAGCUGAGGAAGUCAGUAAAAAAAUACUACAGAAGGAGAUUCGACUCAGGGAGGAGGCACAACAAAAGUUCCAUAAUGUUGAAAAGGUCCUUCGAGGUGAGGAAGCUGCAAGGAUAGGACAUGAACGUACCAUCAGGGAGGAGAAUGAAAAACGGUGGGGCGCACUACAGCAAAUGAACGAGCAGGAGUUUUUUGCUCUCAGGGAUAUCGUCAAGGUACAUAAGUCCAAAACUGCAGAGAACUUCCAGACACUGAGUGAGUCUGUGUCAGUGUUGGAGAAGCAAGCUGUAGAAGCCAAGAGACAGCUGGAGAAGGUCCUAAAAGCUGAGAUUCAGACAAGGCAAAGCCAAGACCAGGCUUUAAGCAACAAGAUCGAUGACCUCCAGGAGAAACUGGGCGUGGCUGUCUCCACCCUCCAGCAGGCUGUGGGCGGGGUCAGGACCCAGAUGGCGGAUGUACAUGCCAAGACACUACAAGACAUGAGAAACAUCAUGGAUGAAAGCAGACAGUCCAGUACCAGGGGCCUGGCAGACCUGGAUGCUCGGAUCAUGGGCCUCAACGCAAGAGUCUCACACCAGGAAGAAGCCUUUGAAGCCAAGUUAGGGGAGAUUCAAUCCCUACAAGCGGACAGUCUGCGUAAGAACAUGGACUCAUUGACUCAGUGGCAGGCCCUAACACAACAACAGAUGAAGGACAUUCAGGAGAUGCUAGAGAAACUGCCAACUGAGGUUUCCUACAUCAAGGAACAGCAGAGAGUGAUGAAAUCAGAGGUUGAGACAAGGCUAGACACGGAAAUGCAAGCCAGAAUCCGUGACAUACAGAAUGUGCGUGAAGACAUCACCAGGAUACUGGAGGAUCUUAACGUGUCCAAGGGUGGAGAUGAGGCAAAAUUAAACGCAGUCCAGUCACAGCUAACUCAGGGACUUGCACAAGUAAAGAACUUGGAGCAGAUGUUACAAACCAGUAAGACUGUCUUGGGAACCAGGGUUUCAUCUGAGGCCAAGACUAGAAUUGAAGAGGUUCAGGCUCUACGAGAGGAGCUCAUCAGGCUGCGUGCUGAUGUCAUCAACCUGAAGAACCGAGAACCAGCCGUGCCUUCUGAACCAUCUCCACCAGCAAGACUACUGUUCUUCAUACGCAGUCCUGACGAUGACUUUACCUCGCGAGCCACCCUAAACAAGUGGGGCAUCUAUCAGGCUUACAGGUGGUGGAAAAUCAAGCGUUGCUGGCUACAGGUGUUGGAAAAGGAACACAGCCCAACUCCGCAACCCAAGUCUCCCACCCCCAAACCUCCACAAACUCCCAAGCACGAUGACCAACCACAGCAAAGAGGACGCACCCCCAACAGACGAACCCCCACCCCAAGUGGGUCGAAGGCAAAGAAACAAUCGCCGACCCCAAGGAAGGAUGAAGAUGAGGGGUCGGAUGGUGAUGAUUGGGGAAAGACGGACGACAUAGAUCCCUUUCCAUUAAAAUAACUUGUUUGAAGUUGUCAAAAUGUUACAGCAGUGGCUUAGCCAUACACUGAUACAGAUGUACAUGUAUGCCUUCUCUUUCAUACAGCAUGCAGCUUUUAGGCUCUCCAUUUAUGGUCAUACCAUGAUCACAUGACCUUGAAUUACUAUGUUCAUCACUGCUGAUUUUGUAAUCAUUUGAUGUAUGUAACUAUGUAAUAUGUAUGUUUAAAGAUUUCACUACCAUCUCUUGAAGUAGAAAAGUAAGUAUCAUAAUCACAUGUAUGCUGAUAAAGUUUUGAUUUAUUAAGAUUGCAGUGGCCAUUUCUGGCAGAAACAACACAUAUCGUCUCUGGUUUUGUACCCACAAAUGUAUAUGUCUGUUGAGAAACUUGGCAUGGAUUUAAUUAUGUCCAGACCUGCCCAACUACAGUUAAAGAAAGUAGAAUAAACUUGAUUUUUAGAAUGAUAGCCUGUUGCCUUGUAACUCGUAAAUGUAGAAAUAUUACAGCAGAAAAAAUGAUAAUGAAUAAUAUAUAUUUCAUAAUGCCAUUGAGUAUAUUUAUAAAGAAAAUUACUUGUGUAUCCAGAUAUUUCUGGAUAUUUGUUAACCAUACUCGUCUGUUAAUAUGAAAGUCAAGCCAAGAUUGUGUGUAUGUGACAUGUUUUUGAAUGAACAACAAAAGUAUGAAAUUGCUUGCCAUUAAGAAGUACUAUAAGUGCCCCUUAUCAAAAAUACUCAAUAUGUUGCAUGCCAUAUUAGUGGUGUUUUCCUGUAUCCUGUUGUACAUAAUAUGCAUGUAUAAAAGAUUGUGACAAGUAUAUUGAAAUACCAUUAUAUUUUGAGGGCAGCAUUUAGCCUACCAUAUCCUUUCGUUUGUGUUGUUGAAUGUUGUAUAAAAAGAAAUUAUAGUUGUACUAGUCUGACUUGUGAGAUGAUUUAUCAAAAUUAAUUUUAUGAAUUGGUGUUGCUUAGCUUGCUCCAUCUAAAUUUAACCAAUAUGACAGGUUGUUCGACAAGUUUUCGGAUACAAAUGUCAUUUCUGUCCUUUAUUUAUGCUCAAAGAUAGGUCCUGUUUAAUCUUUUGAUUCUGAUGGAACAUUUUAAUCAUAACAUUAAGAUGGUACCACCAGUUCGUAGCACUGGGUAACACAUUUAAUUUUACUUUCUAUAUUUUGUAUUUGAUGUUUGCCCCAUUGUUACUUUGAUACUUACUCAUAUAUAACUGAAUGUUUUUUUUACGUCGAUGUAGGUUAGACAUCCAGGUAAUAAGAUACGCCAAAAAGUAGUUGCUCAAGCAACUGGAUAUGGUUUUGGAAACGGCCAGACGUUUCGGAUAGAAUCCACUAUCCUUCGUCAGUGACACUUUAGUGACCUGAAAGAAACAGGUCGUUUAUACUCUAACUAUGAAUGAAGACAAUUUCAGUUGUCCAAUAGGAACCGUUAUAAGUUGUACCGUUAUAACCGUGAAUGUUGUUUUGUUUUGUAACAGAGAUUUGACUUCAUUUUAUUGUUAAAAGGAUUUGCAGCGUGAGUUAAGAUAUUUGACUUCUAUCAUUCCUAAAUCAGUUUUAUUCUCUGGAAUGCCAUCUUUUAUCGAUAGAAGUGCUCAGGAUACCCCCGGGACCACUUAAUUACAUUGCUAUUAACGUGAUACCAUAUCUGUAAAGGUAAAUGUAUCUAAUAGUAUUUGUAAUUGUAAAACCGACUCAGACCGGUGAAGAUGAUAAAUGCCAUCUGUUAGUGACGGUAUAUACUAGUAACUAAACAUAGCCGUCCAUAGAGGCCAUAGCCGUCCAUAGAGGCCUAAGAAUCCCGAUUUACGACUAAAAAUAUAUGUCAAUGCAGAAAUAUCCUUCAAGGAAAGUAAUGGUCAAAAUUUGCACAUUAGAGUUAACUAGAAUAUACAGCUGUUAAAACUCAAACAUUUUGCCAUAUGCGGGUGCAAAAUUCUUUUUGCCCGCCCCUUAGUAAGGUUACUUUCUUGUAUUCAUGUAACAUUUUAUUGACAUAUGUAUAUGAAGAUUUUAUCAAAUUUGUGUUUCAGACUCUAGUGUGUAUUUUUUUUUUAAAGUUUGUUGUUAUUGAGAAUUAUUGUAAGUAUAAAAGAAAAGAUCGUGAGUUCAGACUUUGACCAAAGAGUACUUUUAUAGCAUAACGCUUGCCACAGUGCUAUUUAGGACACGUCGGAAAAGGGCUGACAGUGCGAGUGUGAAUAAUGCAAAACCCCUUUGCCUUGCUAUUUGCGCUGUACAUAAUUUAGAGUAUAGUGUUUGCCCUCUCCUCCUAAAACAAAAACGGCCAUGAACCGCCUUCACGGUAAAUGGUACAGAAUGACAUACAAAGAGCUCUAUUUUGGUAAAGGAGAGGCAUUGUGAAUCGGCAAGUAUUUACACACAUUGUUGACUUUCCACUUGCCUAAGCUGACAGGACGUCGUAAAAGAACAGACAAGCUUGUAGCAAAGUCCGUCCGCCGUUAUUUGUGAGUUUCUUUUGUUGUGUUUUGUGUCUAGAUACAAGCCGUACUGACGUGCUUCGACAAACGAUGCCCGACAAAUGUUUCUACUGAUAUUAAAUGGUCUAUACU